AUGGAUGGUGAGAAUGAUACUAUUGACUUUAAGCUUAGGCUAUUUGGAGGGUUUGUGGAGAAGGAGCGUAGGGGGAAAAAGUAUUUGGUUUAUGAAGGUGGUUUUGUUCAUUGGAAGUAUGCUGUUCCAGUGUCAUAUGUAAGGAGUGUGAUGUACUUAAGGUUUCUGUGUAAUGAAGGGUUAAUAGCUUUAGGGUUUAGUGAGGCUCCAAAGAUUUAUAGUUUGUGGUAUAAGGAGAGGGGAAAGACUUGGGCAACUGGGAAGAGGAGGAUUGACAAUGAUGAUGAUGUUAGGGGCUUCUUAGAGUCCAAACAUAGUGAAGGACAUGUGGAGCUGUUUCAAACUGUGGGGAUAGAAGAGUGGGAUAGGUAUCACCCUCCUGAGGUUAUUUUAGAUAACCCACCCACAUCCAACCCUUCUGCAUCUGGAUCACACCCACCCCAUUCUAAUCCAACUGGCCCAAGUUUAAAUGCUACUGGAUCUGGAUCACAGCAACCCAAUUCACACCCUUCUCAAUCCAUACCAUCUGAAACAAAUCAGCUUUCUAAUUUAGAAUCUAACCCUGUAGCAACAAAGACCCCAAAACCAAACAAAGCCCAUGUGAGUAGGAGGAGCCCAAGGAAUGCUAAACCUGUUGAGAGUAAGCCACCUACAACUGAAAUUAAUCCACCUACAACUGAGUCAAAGCCACCUACAGCUAAAUUUAAUCCACUUUCAGCUGACAUAAAGCCACCUUCAGCUUCUCAACCUAGAAAAAAAUUAAAGGCUAGGAAACCCAUUCAGUCUGUGUGUAGGAGAAGCCCUAGGUUUAACAAAGAUUCUGUAAAGGGGGGAGGAACUGGAUCAUCUUCUACAGAUGUGAGUGACUUGGAUCUUGACUGGAAGGCAGGUGAGGAAGAUUUGGAAGUCACUGAUGAUGAAGAGGAACAGUGGCAUAUUCAGACAAAAAGGGGUCUAGUAGGGUAG